AUGGCCGAUUUGAAUCUCAAAUCUCAAACAACUCUAAACAGCGGCAUUUCACCUCGGUUUACCGGGAAACCUCUCCUGCAGCGUCCAGAGCCACGUAUCCUCGUCAAUUCAAAUCAUCCCAAAGCAAGUGUAGCACCAACCGUUUCCGUCUUCACCAGACAGACAGUCAACACUAAGGGAGCAACUUCAGCUGAGCUGUCGAGUAGGUUUCAUGAAGUGCUGGCUGAGGAGUUGGCGCUUGAUACCUUAGCUCGUGAAACUCGCCUCUUGGCUGAGCGAUCAGCAAUCGAAGCCGAGCAGAAGAGAGUUCGCGAGAUAGCAGAAGCGGAAGCACUCGAACUUAAGCUGACUAUGGAAAGAGAGCACAGGGCUGCUGAAUCAUAUGAGAGAAAAAUGGCUGAACUUCGUAGACAGAGAGAAGAGGAAUUGAUGGCUAGAUUAAAAGAAGACGAAAUGCGCCUUUUGGCAGAGCAAGAAUUACGUAGAAAAGACGAAGAGAUGAUGCUUGCAAACAUGUCAGAAAAAGAGCGAGCUAAAUAUCUACAGGAAAAAAUGGAAGAUGAAGCAGAAAGGUAA